CAUCAUUGGAGGUAGGGCAUCCCCUGUAUCGAUCCUUUCAACCAAUAGCGAAACAACGCAGAGAAGCGGUCCCUUCCGGUAUCUACAGAAGCAUCGGCGACUGAGAACAAUUGGCACAAUGAUCGCCGUGGCCCAACACAAUGAAAUUGAAUCCGUGGGAACUACCCAUGGUGAAAUUGCCGACAACCCAUCGGUUUCUGCUGUCUCGGCUAGGCUGGUGCCACAAACCGAGCUCAAAGAAUGCGGGGAGCGCCUCCGCAGCGGUGGCCUGGUGGCCUUUCCCACAGAAACCGUCUACGGGCUGGGAUGCAACGCCCUGGAUCCGGAAGCGAUCACCAAGGUCUUCGAGGCCAAGGAACGGCCCCUGACCGACCCACUCAUCACCCACGUUACGGAUCCAAACAUUGCCUUUGGCCUGUGGGAUGCGGUCGACAAGGCCAAGAAUACGGCUUCCCCCGAGGCUGAGGCCCUUCGAGCUCUCUGCGAAUGCUUCUGGCCGGGGCCCCUGACUCUCGUCGCGAGAGCAGCACCAAAGGUUCCCCCGAUCCUCAUGGCCGGGACGGGAUUCUGUGCCUGUCGUUCGCCGGGACACCCGCUCUCCAUCGCCCUCAUCGAUGCCGCGGGGGUUCCGAUCGCGGCCCCCAGCGCCAACAAGUUCGGUCAUGUGUCGCCGACCCGGUCCAGCCACGUGUGGGACGAUCUAAAACACGAGGAUGUUUGGAUCGUAGAGGAAGAACCGUCCAGGGGGCACGAAACCGAAGCGGACGCGAAAGCCGAAACCAACUGCUGCAAGGUGGGGGUCGAAUCGUCCGUCGCCAAGGUCGAAAUGAUCGGGGAGACAAAAACCACUGGGCGGGUCACGCUGCUCCGGCAGGGGGCCGUCUCCCUAAAGGACAUUGUGGACUGCCUCAAAAAGGCCGGCCUAGCAGAGGUUUUCGAGGUAGUGGCCAUGACCAAAAAGGCCACCAAAGACACGGUGGCCAACGUCGCUCCCGGGCAGACCAUUCGGCACUAUUCGCCGGAUAUUCCGAGCUUUAUCCUGUCUUUGUCGCUCUGUGAAGCGCUGGUGGAACCCAGCAGCGAUGAGGACCGGGAACUCCUGGGGAGGUCGGUCCUGAUCGAUUUCGGGGGGAGACUGAGGGCGUGGAAGCCCUUCUCACUGGCGUACCGGGACCUAAGUCCCACCAGAGACUCGUCCGAGGCCACGCAGGGUGUCUUUGAGGCCCUGCGGUGGGCUGAACGCAUCGAAGGUGCAAGCCAGAUACUGUUUCCCGAGAUUUCCGGGGAGGCGGAGCAAGACAACGCCCUGGCCCUUGCGCUAAAAGAUCGGCUGACCCGGGCCGCCAGCGGGGUCGUGGUCGAUUCGCUUGGUGAAGGAAUGAAUCGAUAGUACACAAACACAUAUAUUGCGAGUCGCCUUGAACCUAGUUUUGCACUCGAAUGCUAUUCCUUUAUCCACAAGCGUUGUUGUUUCGUUGGACUACUUGUGACGUACUGUACUGCUGCUGCUAGUAGUAUACUAGUAGUAUUUCUGCGUUGUUAUUAUUGAAAAAUUUUCCUAUUCAAAUUGGUUGUUUCUAGUAGUAGUAGUACUAGUUACUACUAGUAUAUCAAUCACUUUUGCUGCCAUUUUGCUCCUACUACUGGUAUCAGGCUGCUUAUACUGCAUUGCGCAACAGAAUUUGCAACAGAUGCAACAACAAGGAUAAGAUAGGAGUAGUAGUACUACUACCAUCAACAAGAGAGAUGAUAUCACCCUUGCAUACGAUCACUAGCACUACUAGCAGUAUUGUACUCUAUGUACGUACGACGAGUACCCGUACAGCACAACACGAUUGUUGUUGUUGAUCGUAGAGAACAUGUUGGAAUGUCUGUCCAUGGUACGUCAAAAAGGGUUCUUGCCGCCGCCCCGUCAGAGUCACUGUUUUCUCCAAAUUCUCAUUGCGACAAAGACUGAAACCAAACUACAAAUGAUACGCACCCUACGUACAGUAUUACAGUGCCUUAGCAAUUAGUUUCCCUUUUGUCGACCGCCACAUUUUCCUCUCGGCUGUUUUCGUCCUUGUUUUCGUUUUUGUGAGAUAUUUCGAGAACGAACUGAGUUGUUGUAGUACCAAGAGCAACCAAGCAAAUACCAAGGAUAGGCAAACCAAUCUGGCUAGGCCCUCCCCCACGAAAAACUAUAAAAUGACGGGAUUGCUUCGAUUUGUGGCCCGACCGUUCGGGUCGCUGUCAACGAGAACCGCCCACCCGAACAAACUCCUCCCCUCGGCAACAACUGCAUCAGCUUCCUGGUCCCAACGAUGGAUGAGCAGCGACGAGAACACGGCGCUGAGGAACAUCGGAAUCAGCGCACACAUCGACAGCGGAAAGACGACGCUCACCGAGCGAAUCCUAUACUACACGGGCAAGAUCAACUCGAUCCACGACGUCCGUGGAAAGGACGGGGUGGGGGCAAAAAUGGACAGCAUGGAAUUGGAGCGAGAAAAGGGAAUCACGAUUCAGUCGGCCGCAACCUUUUGCCAGUGGGACGACGCACACAUCAACAUCAUUGACAGUACGUCGUUUUGUGUUGCAUAUUAAAGUGUUUGUGGGAGGAAAGCAUGGAGUAGAGCAACCAGUUUUUUUUCAAAAUGUCUUGAGCUGUUGGCCUGUUGUUGUCUUUCGAAGGCUGAUGUAUCUUGUUUCGUUUCUCUCGUUUGAUUCUCUCGUUAUUGUGUUGUUUGUGAUUGCGCCGUACGGUACAGCACCUGGUCACGUUGAUUUCACGGUUGAGGUCGAGCGAGCCCUCCGUGUCUUGGAUGGAGGUGUUCUGGUUCUUUGUGGUGUUUCUGGCGUCCAGUCUCAGUCCCUCACGGUGGAUCGCCAAAUGAAACGAUACAACGUCCCCAGGUUGGCCUUUGUCAACAAACUUGAUCGACAGGGUGCGUCACCAGACAAUGUUAUCGGACAGCUUCGGGAUCAACUGAAACUAAACGCAGCUGCGGUUCAGAUUCCUAUCGGCUUGGAAGGGGCCCACGAGGGUGUCGUGGACCUGAUCGAAGAACGAUCCAUUCAAUUCGACGGUGAAAAGGGAGAAAAUAUAAAGUAUGGUGACGUUCCCGAGGACAUGGUUGACGAGGUAGAAGAAAAACGAAUGGAGCUGCUUGAGCGAUUGGCGGAUGUCGACGACGAAAUCGCCGAAUUUUUCUUGAUGGAGGAAUUUCCCGACAACGAAACGCUGAAGGCCGCCAUUCGACGCCGAACAAUUUCUUGUGAAUUCGUGCCCGUCUUCAUGGGUUCGGCCUUCAAAAACAAGGGUGUCCAGCCCCUUCUUGAUGGAGUGAUUGACUACUUGCCCGAGCCAAAAGAGAAGAAAAAUUACGCCCUUGAUGUCACCAAGGACGAGGAGCCCGUUGAGGUCACAUGUGACAAGAACGAUUCCCUCCUCGCCCUUGCGUUCAAACUCGACGAGACCAGGUUUGGACAGCUCACGUACAUGAGAAUCUACCAGGGAACACUUAAAAAAGGAAACCACAUCAUCAAUGUCAACGACGGAAAGAAAAUCAAGCUUGCUCGCAUCGUGAGGAUGCAUUCCGAUGACAUGGAAGAAAUCGACGAGGCGGGUGCCGGUGAGGUUGUCGCAAUGUUUGGUGUAGAUUGCAAAUCAAUGGACACAUUUUCUUGCGGGAGCACCGACCUGGUCAUGGCAAGUAUGUUCGUCCCAGAACCCGUGAUGAGCCUUUCCCUAAAACCAAAGAAAUCGACCAUGCAGAACCAACUCGGAAAGGCUCUAAACAAAUUUACAAAGGAAGAUCCAACCCUUCGUGUUAAGGUGGACGAAGACACCCAGGAAACUAUCAUCAGUGGCAUGGGCGAGCUCCAUCUCGAGGUCUACAUCGAACGCUUGAACAGAGAGUACGAUGUCGAGUGCAUCACUGGCGCACCGAACGUCAACUAUAAAGAAACCAUCAACAAGCAGCAAAAAUUCGAUUGGAUCCACAAGAAACAAACCGGUGGGUCCGGUCAGUACGCUCGCGUCAUGGGGUACAUCGAGCCUCUGUCGGAGGAGGAACAGAAAGAAAUCAAGUCCACCACCCAUUUUGACAAUCAGUGCAUCGGAACCAAUAUUCCCCCCGAAUUCUACAGCAGUUGUGAAAAGGGCAUGAUGGAUGCCAUCUUAGAAGGCGCACUCGUUGGUAGCGAGGUAGAAGGAAUGCGUGUCGUCUUGCAAGAUGGUGCAGGUAUGUAUCAUGUCCAAAAGGGACCCUUGCAUGCUGUUCCAGGAGAGUUCUCGUAGUUUGCAUAUAAAUACUAGCAUUUUCAAAUGGGCUAGGAUCUCACGGAAUCGUCUGUUCUUUCUUUCUCGCUUCUCUUCACUGUAGCUCAUGCCGUCGAUUCGUCCGAUAUGGCCUUCCGCACGUGUAUGGCCAACGCAAUUCGAGAUACCAUGAAAAAGGCCAACCCCUCCAUUCUCGAACCGGUCAUGAGGGUGGAGGUCGAGAUUCCAUCCGAGUUCCAGGGAACGGUGGUAGCUGCCCUGAACCGCCGGAUGGGGAUGAUUCAGAGCAGCGAUGUCAACGACGACGGAAGCGGCAUCACGAUUCUAGCGGAGGUCCCCCUCUCAAACAUGUUUGGAUACUCCACGGAGCUUCGUUCCCUCACGCAGGGCAAGGGAGAAUUCUCCAUGGAGUAUUUCAAGCACAUCCAGGUGCCCAGAAACACGCAGGAUGAGUUAAUGAAGAAAUACCGAGAAGAAAAGGAACAAGAAGAAGCUGCCUGAUGGCAAUGAAUCCGGAUAGAUAGC